AAGGCUGACUAGUGAACAAACCAUUAAACAUGUCUUUUUCAUCAUCAAUCCUUUUAUAGAUAUAUAUAAAUACAACCCCAUACGUUUACAACUUCUCAACUAACAAAACCAGAGAAGAAACAAGAGAGAAAGAUUAGGAGUUUUAGUAUCCAAAAUUUUGAUUUUCUGUUUAAAGCUUUUGCAAGUAAAAGAGAUGGAGCAGAAAAAGGGAAACAUCAACAGCAACAAAGUUGAAGAAGAAGGAGCUAUGGGAGUUAUAGUCCAUAGCCAAGUAAGAAAAAUAAGACAAGAAAUGGAGAAAAUCAAGCAUCCAUCUCUUCAGCAGACGGAGAUGAGACCAACUGUUCGUGAGAUUACAGGAAAACAACAGCAACAAAGAUCGAGAUCGCCGUUGGGAUUAGCUCAAAGGCCUAUUUCUGUUGGAAGCUAAUACUUGAAUUUUUGUUCUCGUGUUCUUCCUUUUGUUAGCUUCUUCAUCUUUUUGAGCUUCUUCUUUGGGUUUUUUCUUUUUAAAUUUGUAUAUAUACAGAUAAAGGAUGCUUUUGACAAGUCUCAUCUCUUGUGUUUGUAUUUGA